AAUCAGAACAGGAGGGAUAAAAAUUGAGGCCAUCUGAUUGGUCGAAUCCUAAAUAUCAGCUUGCAGUUCUCAAUUGUAAUUGCAUAAGUUUGAUAAGAGCUUAAGGCGUUCUGCGUCAGAAGCGGCUAAGUACAGACGGGGAGAAUGGGGGAAAAGGUAUAUACAACAGACAACGCCAAGUGCGACGCCGGGAAGACACUUUUAAGAGUGACAUUAAAAGUGAAUUAAAUAAUCAAUUUGGAUUGCCAUUCGGAACAAUUUCGUGAAAGUUAAAAUUAAAACCGUUCAAAAUUGAUGUAGCUAUCAAAUACACAGAUGUUAUUCACUUCUGACUCACUGGUUGCGCUGGCGUACAGGUUAUGCUGAUGAUUUAUGUAUUUUAAAUAUCUGCAUCUCGCGUCCCGCUAAACAUUUACGAUGGUGUCGACACGAGGACCGAAAUUCAAGUUUUCCGACGGAGAAAAAGUAUUGUGCUACGAGCCGGAUCCUACGAAAGCGAAAGUGCUGUAUGACUCGAAGGUGCUCGAUGUCAUUGUGAAUAAAGAUCAAAGAGGUAGAAAAGCGGUGGAGUAUCUCAUUCAUUUCCAGGGUUGGAAUUCAUCUUGGGAUCGUUGCGUAACAGAAGAAUAUGUGCUUAAAGAUACAGAAGAGAAUCGUCAGCUCCAGCGAGAUCUAGCCCAAAAGGCGCAACUUCAGCUGGGUGCUUAUCUAUAUCGCCGUGAGCGCAAAAAAAGAAGUCAUAAAAUGUCGGAGCGCUUAACUGAAACGGAACAUCAGGAACCUCGUCGUAGAGCGAGAAGCGGUGGUAGUCGAGCCACGUCGGCCACGACCGGAUCUUCCGAGGAUGGAAGUUCGGGUCAACACGCCGAUUAUGAUACAGAGGAAGUAAACACAGAAGAAGAUACAGAGAGUAGUUCCGAUUAUAUGGGCGAGACGAGUGACGAUGAUGACAGUGGUGGUGGCAGCCAGUCUGGUGCAAGUGUGAAACCAGGAGUUGAUCUUGACAUAGGUAGUACGUUAAAACGGAUUUUGGAACAAGAUUAUGAUCUGAUAACUAAUAAAAAUAAGCUUGUUGUACUUCCCGCGCAGCCUACUGUGAUAAAUAUUCUGGAAUCUUGGGUACAGCAUUUUACUACGACGCAGUUGACUAAUAUUCCAGAAAAACCUCAGCGGAAUAAAGCGAAUCAUACAAUAGAGAAAACACUGAACGAAGUGAAUAUAUGCCGAGAAGUCGCGGAUGGCUUGCGCAUAUAUUUCGAUUUCACUUUACCUCAUCUCCUCUUGUACAGGCAAGAGAAGGAGCAAUAUUGUUCUCUGAAAUCUACCUUGUUAAAUAACGAACAAACAACUAUUAUACCAAAGGAGGAAUCAAUAGAAAAUUUGGAAAUAUCCACGAAAGAAGAAUUUGAAGAAGCGGAAUACGCUCAUUUACCACCCUUUCCCCAAGAGCACGAUUCUGAGAUGGACAAUGUAUCUAAACCGUUGAACAAUUCUAAGCGAAGACUACGAUCGUGUCGUGUAAGCUCGGUCGACGAAAGCCGACAAUUAAGGUCUUUCGACGAAGGAAAACAAGAUGGUGGCAAUUUAUCGAGUAGCAUAGCAAGUACAAGUUCCCGUUGUUCUAGCCCGCGAGGUGUAACGUUAAGAAUGCCGCCUGUUGUUACAUCUGCUCAAGUAAACAGUUUACUUCAACAGUCAAAUAAGUGGAGAUUAUUACCUCAAAUUUCGAGGCAAAGCGAAAUUCCAAAUCCUUCCACUUAUUACGGUGUCAUUCACUUAACUAGAUUAUUUGUCAAGUUACCUGAGUUAUUACAAUCUGCAGAUUUAUCGAGCAAAAAGUUGAAAGUGCUUUUGAAAUAUUUAGAUAUGUUCCUAAGUUAUCUGGAAAUGCAUAGGGAAUGGUUUGGCGAACAAUUUUACAUGCAAAUGGAAAAUCGAAUAUCGCAAACUAGCAAUGUUUAACAUAUAUAUAA